AUGAUAGAAAAUUUAAUUGCUUUAAUUUUAACAUCAGCUAUAACUGUCGGCUUGAUUCCAUUUAUGGUAAUCAGAACAUCCCCAUUAAAAUAUAACGAGAUGGAUUUUGAAUUUUCCUUGAGAAAUACUCGCGAGUUAAAUCCGAUAUACGACUUCAUCGUUGUGGGAGGUGGAAGUGCUGGAGCGGUGGUUGCUUCAAGAUUAUCCGAGGUGUCCAACUGGAGCGUAUUAUUGCUAGAUGCCGGAGAUAAUGGGAAUAUAAUUUCGGAUAUGCCACUUCUAAUGACCUACAAUCAAUUAACGGAACUAGAUUGGAAAUAUCAAACCAAACCAUCAAUGACAUCGGCUUAUUGUCUUGCAAUGGAAGGAAAUAGGUGCAAUUGGCCACGCGGAAAGGUUUUGGGUGGCAGCAGUGUUCUGAAUGCCAUGGUAUACGUGCGCGGCAACAGAUUGGAUUACGACAAAUGGGCAAGAAUGGGUAACACCGGCUGGAGUUACGAGGAAGUUCUUCCUUACUUUCUCAAGUCUGAGGAUAACAGGAACCCUUAUUUGCAGAAAUCACCUUACCAUAAAACAGGAGGCUACUUAACAGUACAGGAACCACCGUGGAGAUCACCAUUAUCGAUCGCCUUUGUACAAGCUGGACAAGAACUCGGUUAUGAAAAUCGUGAUAUCAAUGGUGAAAAUCAGACUGGUUUCAUGAUUAUGCAGGGUACGAUCCGCGGAGGAAGUCGUUGCUCGACAGCUAAAGCUUUUUUGCGGCCAGUGAAGAACAGGCCGAAUUUGCACAUAGCUAUGAAAGCUCAAGUACUGAAAGUGCUCUUCAAUGCCGACAAACGAGCCACGGGAAUAAAAUUUCUACGCGAUGGUUUAAAACAAACAGUUAGAGUAAGAAGAGAGAUCAUUCUGUCGGCUGGAGCGAUCAAUUCACCGCAACUGCUAAUGCUCUCAGGCAUAGGACCUAAAGAACAUCUCGAAGAACUUGAUAUACCGGUAUUGUCAGAUCUUCGAGUAGGUGACAAUCUUCAAGACCAUGUUGGUCUCGGUGGAUUAAGCUUUACGGUGGACGAACCAAUUACUUUAAAAAGGGACCGUCUACAGACACUACCAACAUUAUUAAAUUAUGCAAUAAAUAACACAGGGCCCUUGACUACUCCAGGAAUCGAAGCCUUGGCCUUCGUCAAUUCUAAAUACGCUGAUCCUUCUGGCAUUUAUCCGGACAUUCAGUUUCACCUUGUUCUAAGUUCCAUCAAUUCCGAUGAUGAAUCAGUAAGCAAGUUUCUCGGAUUAAAAGAUAGCGUUUACAAUAUGGUGUUUAAACCACUAAAAAAUGUUGAUAGUUGGAUGAUAAUACCACUUUUAUUGAAACCCAAAAGUUCCGGAUGGAUUCGCCUAAAGAGCAAGAAUCCUCUGAUUCAUCCUGAUAUUAUUCCGAAUUAUUUCGCUCACAAAGAAGAUAUGGACGUCCUAAUAGAUGGUAUACAAAUUGCUAUGGCUCUUUCAAACACAAGUGCCUUACAAAGAUUUGGUUCGAAACCAUAUUCUGUUAAACUACCAGCCUGUCAAAAAUUUCCUUUCGCCACGAACGAAUAUUGGGAGUGCGCUUUACGACAAUUUACCUUCACCAUGUAUCACCCAGUGGGUACGUGUAAAAUGGGACCAAGAAACGAUCCAACAGCUGUCGUGGAUCCAAAAUUAAGAGUAUACGGUGUAAAGGGUUUACGAGUUGUUGAUGCUUCUAUAAUGCCUACCAUUGUUAAUGGAAAUACUAAUGCACCAGUUAUCAUGAUUGGCGAAAAAGCAAGCGACAUUAUUAAAGAAGACUGGAGAUUUAAAAAAAAAAAUACUUUGUAA